AUGUCCUUCUACUCUGAAUUUGUCUGUGAUACUCGCUUUGAUCCGAUGAGUUUGUUCAACGCUCCCUUGGUCCGGGGCGAUUUCAGCUACUGGUCUCCAGAAGGCGCCUCUCAAGAAAACGAUGACAAGCCUGCCGCGUCGUUCGACUUGCGUCCGUACGAGCUUGGCGAGCUCAGCGGUGACUUCGCGGUCGAUUUGCUCUCGCAGUCUCAGCAUUUCGUCGACUUGGAGCUGCUGGACUGGACUUCCGUGCCCAACACGAUGAGCGGGGGCGUCGCGACUCAGCUCCUUCCGGAGCCUCUUUGUGAGGUCGACUACCUCAUCGAUCUCGGGCGCAGCCAGAGCCCUCAUCAGGCAGCCUCAUACACCGCGAACGCUUCCUUCGACCCGUCUCCGCCCCUGGACAUGCUUGUGCCUUCCGCGCUGGGCCUUUACAGCGCCGUCCCCACCCCGGACCGCCCCCAAUCUCCGAAACGCAAGCGCCUGCUCGACGACGAGCGCGCCGCGUCCCCUCCACCAUGCAAGCGUCCCCGGCGCGCACCACCCUCCCCGCUCCCCUCCCGCCUUCAGCCCAUCCGGGUCACAUCGUCAUCGGACACCUACACCUGCCCUAUCCCUGGCUGCGGCGCCGCGCUCCACGCCACCGACGCAGCUUGGCGCACGCACUUCAAGCGAGCGCACCACGACGACCUAUGCGCGACCUGUCCUUCGGCGCGUGCUCCCUCUAGCGCGUGCGUCGCGCGCUGCCCGAUGCCGGGGUGCGCCGAGUCUGGGCCGGGCGCGAGUAGGCGGAAGGGAGACGGGCGCAUGACGCUCGAGUGCGUCGGGCGACACUGGCUGAACGUGCACAUCGGCGUGGUGUUCCGGUGCCCGGUGUGCGGGGAUGAGGGCCAGAUGCGCGAGAGCGCGGCGACGCGGCAUGUGCGCGGGUGCGCGAAGCGGCGGGCGCGGCGCGGGGGAUAUGGGUCUGUCGCGCACUAA